AUGUCUGGAGAUGGUUUGAUUGCCACAGCUGGGGGGGAGUUGCUCCUGGAGUCUAGUGGGAAGAGCCCGGGGAUGCUGCAGAGCCUCCUGCGGUGCACAGGACAGCCCCCCACGGUGAAGAGUUAUCCAACGCGAAAUAGCGGCAGUGCUGAGGUGGAGAGCACCUUCUCUGCCGAGCAGUUGCGGUCCAGCGCAGAGCUCCAUCCUGACCUGCUCACAGAGUGCCUCACUGUGCAGCCCCUGCAGUCGGCCACCUCCCCGCGCGAUGCUGCUGUUGAUGGGGCGGUGGGACACUCCCCCGGGCCUGGACCUGACCUCUAUCCAGCCUCCAUCUUUGGCAACAGUCAUUCGAGCCGAAGCGGAACAGCUGCUGGGGCCAUGCCAGCCCCACAUGCCGUCGGCCACCCUUCCCCGGGCCAGAGUGUGCAGGGGAGCCCCCACAACCCCGCCUCCCAGUUACCUCCGCUCGCAGCUGUGGACGCGGGAGCCGAGAGGUUUGCACCUUCUGCCCCGUCUCCUCACCACAUCAGCCCCCGGAGAGUUCCAGCUCCUUCUUCAGUAAUGCCGAGAACGCAGCCUCCCCACACCCAGCAGCCAGUGGGUGGGCCACACCUGAAGUCUUACCAGCCCGAAACAAACUCUUCCUUUCAACCAAAUGGGAUCCACGUCCAUGGAUUUUACGGGCAGCUACAGACAUUCCGCCCCCCCCAGUAUCCCGACUCCCAGAGAGCCAUGCUGCCCAGCAGCCCCUGCAGCGGGGUGCCUUCCUUCGAGGACUGCCUGGCCCCCACGCCCAUGGGGCAGGCCGGCUUUGACGUGUUCCACAGAGCCUUCUCUGCUCACUCGGGCAUUGCAGGUGGGUGGCUGUCUGUGACUUAGAAACUCUGGCAGACUCGCAGGUGGGACCAGGUGGGUUUGCCGUGUCUGGCCUAGACGAGGCUUGACCUGGCACAUGACUGCAUCAUGUCCUGUUGAAUCUGCCCCUGAAAUGUCUCUAACUUUCAUGCUCCUCUCCAGCCCUACUCCCACCGCCCUGGCUCAGGGGGCCAUAGUGUCUCUC